AUGAUGGAGCCCACAGCCUCGGGGGUAUUCUGUAACAGGAUGCUCAGUAUGGUGAACUCCGAGGACGUGAACGCCAUCAUUCAAGCUCAGAAACACAUGCUGGACCGGUUUGAGAAGACCAAUGAGAUGCUGAUCAACUUCAACGGACUGUCCAAUGUGCGCUUACAACAGAUGAAUGAACACUUUCUAACGCACACGCGCACUUUAAUAGAGAUGAAGAAAGACCUGGACAGCAUUUUCAGACGAAUAAGGACUUUAAAAGGCAAGGUGGCGAAACAAUAUCCAGAGGCCUUCAGCAACAUCAGUGAAUGUUCCAACCUGGAGGAGGAUGAUGAUGAAUUUGAGCCCAUUCCUCCCAGUGUGGCCACCACCAUCACUACUACUGCAACGUCUGAACAGAGCACAGGGUCAUGUGACACCAGCCCAGAUGUGAUCUCACCCACCGUCAGCUGCUGUUCUGAAGACCCCUCUCAAGAGAACACCGGCACACCGACCUCUGACAGCCAUGAACAGCCAGUGUUACGGGACGAGGGGCCGGAUUCAGCUGAUGUUUAGAUUUGUGUGUACAAUACUGUGUUUACUACAUAAAGACGCCACUUAAAAGUGCAGAGUUGCAAGCCUACAGCUUAAAGGUUGUUAUGUGAAAAUGUUUUUAGUGCUACUAAUUUGGUGCUGUUGUUAAAUGUUUUCUGUUCUGUCUGCUUACCGCCGUGGUAAUGGCCUGGAAAAAUAAUGCAAACUAGCCUACUAUUUGCAGAUUAUUUUAAAAAAAGUUGUAAGGAUACAUUUAAAAACAGACAUGUUUACCUGGUGUUGAGAAAUGUUCAUGUUCAAAACUGCAUUAUUAUUUAGUAUUAUUUCUGAAUUCAGGGGGAAAAUAAAUGUAUGUCAUUAAAUAAAAGCUUUUUAAUUGUG